AUGUGUCCUGUCAGGAAAUCCACCUUUUCUCAAGUGUCUACAGACGACGCUUCAGAUGACGACGGCCUCAUAGGCCAGACCACCUGCACUUCGACCUCAGGGCCCAGCCUCCCACAACUUCAGCCUCAGGGCUCCGGCCAUCCACAUCUUUCGCUUACAGUCCCGGCCUCGGCCCCUUGUAUCUUCAACACAUCAGGGUACGGCCCCUACAACUUCAGCCUCACGGUCCCGGCCACAUGUCUUUCACCUGAUAGCCCAGGCCCCGACCCUGGCCCUGGCCCCCGCUUCGACUCCCUUCAUCCUCAACUCAAGCGGGCGAGGCCCCACGCCCAAAUCACCCAUAACUUCGACAUCAACGGGACGGCCUCCCACAACUUUAGCCUCACGGCCCCGGUAGCCGGCAUCUUUCACCUCAUAGCACCGACCCCGGCUCCGGUCUCGGCUCCCUUCACCUUCAACUCAACAGGGCGCGGCUCCUGACAACUUUGAACUGACAUCUCCAGCUGCCCACAGCUCCGGUCUCGCGUCCACUGUUCCCCCUCAUCUGAUCCUGAACGGUAUUCGCCUCGCACAACUUCCACCUGUCGGUCAUACGUUAUCUAGAAGCAUGAGAGCCCGACUUCCACGUGGUUUUCACGUCUAUGACCUCCCAACCACAGCCUUACUCUGACCUAUCUCGGUUCCUGCAGCAAGACUAUAUCAACAUAUGUCCCUCCAUGCCCUCUUCAAGUUAACAGCAAACACCGAUGCAUGAUCUGAAUCCAGCUCAG